AUGGAUCUUGAGGCCGAUAUUCGCGCAUUACAGCUUGAUUCCGCAGAAGACAACAAUGGUGCUGUCAUUCCGGAAGAUCAUAACUCAGAUGUAGUUGAGAAACUAGACAAAGCAGAAGAAGACCUGGAAGAUAAGGUGCAAGAGUCAGUGCCAGUUCCCGAUGAGCAUCAAGCUUCCGAGCAUCAUGAUGAAGAAAUGCUCCAUCCAGUGCAUAACCCAGCAAAAGCUAAAGAAAAGGCUGCCCAAGAGAAGGCUGCCAAAGAGGAAGCUGAGGACGAGGCAGAAGCAAAUAAAAAGAGACACUUGAAUGUGGUGUUCAUUGGGCAUGUUGAUGCUGGGAAAUCAACAAUUGGAGGACAAAUUCUCUUCCUUAGCGGUCAGGUGGAUGAUCGACAAAUUCAAAAGUAUGAGAAAGAAGCAAAAGAUAAAAGUAGAGAAAGCUGGUAUAUGGCAUAUAUAAUGGAUACAAAUGAAGAAGAGAGGGCGAAGGGUAAAACAGUGGAAGUUGGAAGAGCACAUUUUGAAACUGAGAGCACUAGAUUUACCAUUUUGGAUGCUCCGGGCCACAAGAGUUAUGUACCAAAUAUGAUUAUGGGAGCAUCUCAGGCGGACAUUGGUGUGCUGGUGAUUUCUGCUCGAAAAGGUGAAUUUGAAACAGGAUAUGAAAGAGGUGGGCAGACACGUGAACAUGUUCAACUUGCAAAAACAUUGGGUGUGUCAAAGCUGAUCGUUGUUGUAAACAAGAUGGAUGAUCCAACUGUGGGCUGGUCGAAAGAAAGGUACGAUGAAAUAGAAUCGAAAAUGGUACCAUUUCUGAAAACCUCUGGCUACAACACAAAGAAAGAUGUUAUCUUCUUGCCUAUAUCUGGUCUAAUGGGGAUAAAUAUGGACAAGAGGAUGGGUCAAACUGUUUGUCCUUGGUGGAGUGGUCCUAGCUUCUUUGAAGUCCUUGAUACUAUUGAAGGCCCGCUACGGGAUCCUGAUGGUCCAUUCAGGAUGCCAAUUAUUGAUAAGUUCAAAGACAUGGGAACAGUUGUUAUGGGAAAAGUUGAAUCUGGCAGCAUUCGGGAGGGUGAUUCCUUGAUUAUUAUGCCAAACAAGGAACAUGUGAAAGUUGUUGCUAUAUAUUGCGAUGAAGACAAAGUUAAGCGUGCAGGACCGGGUGAGAAUUUGAGAGUCCGUAUAACUGGCAUUGAAGACGAGGACAUCGUUGCCGGUUUUGUUUUAUCCAGCACGGUUAAGCCUGUCCCUGCUGUUACUGAGUUCGUUGCCCAACUACAAAUCCUUGAGCUGCUUGACAACGCUAUAUUUACAGCUGGUUACAAGGCUGUUCUUCACGUUCAUGCCGUUGUAGAGGAAUGUGAGAUAAUCGAAUUGGUUAGCCAAAUUGAUCUGAAGACGAGGAAACCCAUGAAAAAGAAAAUUCUGUUUGUGAAGAAUGGUGCGAUUGUUGUUUGUCGUAUACAGGUUUCCAAUUCAAUUUGUGUUGAAAAAUUCUCAGACUUCCCUCAGCUUGGAAGAUUCACUCUACGAACUGAAGGGAAAACGGUUGCUGUUGGAAAGGUGACUGCGCUCUCAGGUGCUUCCUCAAGCGCUUGA